CAAGAAUGAGAGAGAAGAAGAAAAAGAGGAACAAAAGCACCUUCAUAGAGGGCCCAUAACAUGUCUCCUCAGUUAGACCCAAAGAUGUGAUUUUCAUCUUUCUCUCCACUGCACUAUCCCUAUUCUUUCACCUUUUCUAUUUUAUUAUUAUCAUUUCGUGCCAAAAAUACCCAAGAAUUCCUCUGGAACAAAGAUCAAUUCCAACUAAUCAUGUUAGGUGAAAUAGCCAAAGAUUCUGCUGAAGGGUCUUCACGAUCCUCCGGUAACCACCACCACCACCACCAGCCUCAGCCGGCUCCUCUGAGCAGGUAUGAGUCCCAGAAACGGCGAGACUGGAACACUUUUGGGCAGUAUUUGAAGAACCAGAGGCCUCCAGUUGCACUAUCACAAUGUAACUGCAACCAUAUUCUUGAUUUUCUUCGAUAUCUUGAUCAGUUUGGGAAGACUAAGGUUCACCUACAUGGUUGUGUCUUUUUCGGACAACCUGACCCACCCGCUCCUUGUACUUGUCCACUAAGGCAAGCUUGGGGGAGUCUUGAUGCACUGAUCGGACGCCUGAGAGCUGCUUAUGAAGAGCAUGGUGGGGCACCGGAGAGUAACCCUUUUGGAAAUGGAGCAAUUCGGGUUUUUUUGCGUGAAGUGAGGGAGUGUCAAGCUAAGGCCAGAGGGAUUCCAUAUAAGAAGAAAAAGAAGAAGAGGAAGAAUCAAAUUAAACCCAACGUCGACGAGGCUAAGUCUUCAAUAUCCAAGCGGCAGGCCUCUUAGCUCUAGGUAGGAGCUUUGACUUCUCCACACAAAUGGAUGAUCAACUAGUAUUCACCAAAGAAGCUAGCAAAACCAGAGGGGAGGGGAAGGGAAGGGUAUACAAAAAAAAGCCAAACGUUUGAAGUUAAUGUAGCAUUACCACUAUCUAGUACUGCUUUAAUUAAUGUUAAGGUUUCUCUCGCUUUGCAUGAAGCACUUACAAAGUUGUAUACCUAAUAAUGUUUGUUGUCAUAGCAAAGCUUGUCUCAGAUUUUAGUUCUCGUGCUAUAUAUUACCAUUUAGUUAAUUAUCAUUAAUUACAUUGUAAGGUAUAUAUAUAAUUACAUCUUAGACAUAAAUGAAGGUUAUAGAAAUAUUAUCAUUGCCGAAGAUUUGUUUAUGGGCCAACUGCGAGCAAUGAGCUCACGAGAGGCCAUUGUCUGCCCCAUGUCAUCCAAAGCUCUUGAGACCAAGGGAUGAAAAAGGGCGACGAUGCAUGACACCCAAACAGACGUGUGUAGUAAAAGCCGUUUAACUGUAGUUACUUGUCACUUCUUUAAAGCAAGAUGAGAAGUGGGUUUUCUCUUCUGCCUAAAUUUGCAGUUAGGUUGGUCGAGACUGUAUUGUAUGUUUGAGGAAGAUCAUAAUGGUGUUGAACAAGAUAUAUCUUCCCAACGACCUGAAGCAAUAGUAAUAUACAUUAUUUUACAGUCCAGCGGUAGGUUUUUUUCGCCUUAGCUCUAAGGUAUGACGAG